UCUACAUCCGCCCCGGGUUUUCCAGGGCCGCCCGGGUCGAGGCCGGGGCCCGCGACUCCCACGCCGGGCUUUGCGCGCCGCCGCGGUCGGUCGGUCGGCCGGCGGGGCGGGGCGGGCGGCGAGAACAGGGAAGUUGUCGAAGUUCGGGGAGACGCCCGGGGCCGAGACUCGCCGAGGGCCUGCCCUCCGCCUCCGCCUCCUCCCCGCCCGAGCCCGGUCCGCGCGUCCUUCCUUCCCCUCCCGUGCAUGAUGGAAACACCAUGGCUGCGGCAGCCCAGCUCUCCCUGACACAGUUGUCAAGUGGGAAUCCUGUGUAUGAAAAAUACUAUAGACAGGUUGAUAGAGGCAACACUGGAAGGGUGUUGGCAUCAGAUGCUGCAGUGUUCCUGAAGAAAUCAGGACUUCCAGACUUGAUUCUUGGAAAGAUUUGGGAUUUAUCUGACACGGAUGGCAAAGGUAUCCUGAACAAACAAGAGUUCUUUGUUGCUUUGCGGCUUGUGGCAUGUGCCCAGAAUGGAUUGGAGGUUUCACUGAAUAGCCUGAACCUGGCUGUUCCUCCACCAAGAUUUCAUGAUUCCAGUAGUCCUUUGCUAACCGGUGGGACCCCAGCAGCUGAGCUCGCAUGGGCUGUGAAAUCUGAAGAUAAAGCCAAAUACGAUGCAAUUUUUGAUAGUUUAAGCCCAGUGGAUGGAUUUUUGUCUGGUGAUAAAGUGAAACCAGUGUUGCUCAACUCUAAGUUACCUGUGGAAAUCCUUGGAAGAGUUUGGGAAUUGAGUGAUAUUGACCAUGAUGGAAAGCUUGACAGAGAUGAGUUUGCAGUUGCCAUGUUUUUGGUAUACUGUGCACUGGAGAAAGAACCUGUGCCAAUGUCCUUGCCUCCAGCCUUGGUGCCACCGUCUAAGAGAAAAACGGGCAUUAUGUGACACAAAGAACUGUGGGAAGCUUUCAAAAGAUCAGUUUGCCUUGGCUUUUCACUUAAUCAAUCAAAAAUUAGUGAAGGGCAUUGAUCCUCCUCACAUUCUUACUCCUGAGAUGAUUCCACCAUCAGACAGGUCCAGUUUACAAACGAACAUCAUAGGAUCAAGUCCUGUUGCAGAUUUCUCUGCUAUUAAGGAACUAGAUACCCUUAACAAUGAAAUAGUUGACCUGCAGAGGGAAAAGAAUAAUGUAGAACAGGACCUUAAGGAGAAAGAAGACGCUAUUAAGCAGAGGACAAGUGAGGUUCAGGAUCUUCAAGAUGAAGUUCAAAGGGAGAGUGUUAAUCUGCAAAAACUACAGGCCCAGAAGCAGCAAGUCCAGGAAGUCCUGGAUGAACUAGAUGAGCAGAAAGCCCAGCUGGAGGAGCAACUCAAGGAAGUCAAAAAGAAAUGCGCCGAGGAGGCCAAGCUGAUCUCUUCCCUUAAAGCUGAAAUAACUAGUCAAGAAUCACAGAUCUCCACGUAUGAAGAAGAACUGGCCAAAGCUAGAGAAGAGCUUAGUCACCUACAACAAGAAACAGCACGAUUGGAAGACAGUGUGGAGUCAGGAAAGGCUCAGCUGGAACCUCUUCAACAGCACCUCCAAGAUUCACAACAGGAAAUCAGUUCAGUGCAGACGAGACUGAUGGAAAUGAAAGAUCUGGAGAAUCAUAGUAACCAAUCAAAUCGGUGCAGCAGCCCACACAGCACUCUUGUAAAUGGUGCUGCAGAUUAUUGUAGCCUCAGCACCAGCAGCAGUGAAACAGCUAACCUUAAUGAACAUGCUGAAAGCCAGAACAACUUAGAGUCCGAACCCAUUCACCAGGAGUCACCAGUGAGAAGUAGUCCUGAAAUACCACACUCUGAUGUGACUGAUGAAAGCGAAGCUGUGCCUGCAGCUGGUGAUGAACACGCUCGUCCCAGAUUCGACAGUGACAACCUUUCAAGACAGGAAGAUCCAUUUAAUGUAGAAUCAAGUUCACUGACAGAUCCAGUUGCAGAUACAAACUUGGAUUUUUUCCAGUCUGAUCCUUUUGUUGGCAGUGAUCCUUUCAAGGAUGAUCCAUUUGGAAAACAUGAUCCAUUUGGUGGUGAUCCUUUCAAAGGUUCAGACCCAUUUGCAUCUGACUGUUUCUUUAAGAAAUCUUCUACUGAUCCUUUUGCCACCUCAGGCAUUGACCCCUUCACUGCAUCCACCACCAGCAGUAAUACAUCGGUGGAAACUCUGAAACACAAUGAUCCUUUUGCUCCUGGUGGAACAGUUGUUGCAGCAAGUGAUUCAGGCACAGACCCUUUUGCUUCUGUUUUCGGGAAUGAAUCAUUUGGAGAUGGAUUUGCUGACUUCAGCACAUUAUCAAAGGUCAACAACGAAGAUCCUUUUAAUCCUACCACAUCAAGUUCUGCCAGCAGUAUAAUUAUUCCAAAACCUGUGUUUGAGGCGAUACCAGUCAAGAGUGAAGAUGUACCCCCAGCCCUGCCGCCAAAGAUUGGAACUCCAACGAGACCUUGCCCACCACCACCUGGGAAAAGAGCCAUCAACAAAUUGGAUUCUUCUGAUCCCUUUAAACCGAAUGAUCCAUUUCAGCCUUUCCCAGGCAAUGAUAGCCCCAAAGAAAAAGAUCCUGAUAUGUUUUGUGAUCCAUUCACUUCUACUACUACUACCAAUAACGAGGCUGAGCCAAGCAAUUUUGCUAACUUCAGUGCUUAUCCCUCUGAAGAGGAUAUGAUUGAAUGGGCCAAGAGGGAAAGUGAAAGAGAGGAAGAACAGAGGCUUGCCCGACUGAACCAGCAAGAACAAGAAGACUUGGAACUGGCUAUUGCACUUAGCAAAUCAGAGAUAUCAGAAGCAUGAAGUUUGUCCUUGUCAACAAUACAAUACUCCUUCCUGAAUACUGAAGCUAUUUACCAUGUGUAUCAAAACUACCUGUGAGCAUGGGGAUACAAAAGUUUUGAGAUUCCUAUAAAUGUGACAGAAGUCUAGUUUGUUGUUGUUAUUGUUGUUUAAAAAAAAAUAUUUCAAAUAGGUCUUAUUUUUUCUUCCAAAAGCAGUACCUGAUCAGACAGCUUCCCCUGGCCCCUGUUCCAGUGUGCGUCCACAGUGAGCUCUUGCCUGCUUAUGCUGCUUUUACCCGUGAAGCUAGAGCACCCAAGCUUCUGCCUUCUAGAAUCUGAAAGACGUAGUUUCACCCUGUGCUGCCCUUAUUCUGUAGUUGUUAUGAUAAGUCAUUGGUGUUCUUAAAAUCUGCAGGUAGUUUUCCCCUAAUUGAAUGACUUAAGGGGAGGGGAAGGGAAAGAACGUUCUAUUUCUUUUAUGAUUGGUAUAAAUUGGCUAGUUUAAAGUACAUUUUCAUAUGUCCUUAACAAAGAAAAUGUAAUUUGUUUUUUCACAGACAAGGAAAGAUAUUUGCAUAGAUCAACUCCACUAUGGAAAAAGGGAUACAUUAGGUUGACUCAUUAUAGCUUCAGACUCAAGUAAUUUCUAAAUAAAAAUAUUAAAUAGAUUUUUAAAAACAAUUUUCUCUGGACCUAAAUAAUUUUAAGAUCAACAGGUACCUCACCACAUGUUUGCUAAUCAACAAAAACAGUUUCUUACAAAUAAAAUUUUAAGGAAUGUUCAUUUUAAGUGCCACAUGUUAGAAAAAAAAUUAGAACUUAAAAUAUAACACGUCUUUGUAGAAACUUAACGCGCACCCAGUCUGCCUUUGCUUGCUGAACUGCUGUCCUUUAGUUCAUGAGAGGUGUGUUCUUGAACUUUGACAGGAGAAACUCCAGGAAGUUAGAAUUGGCAGAUACUUUGGUUUUUCACUAUUUGUUCUGUUUUCUUUAACGAAGGCCCAGCUACUUGAAAUGCCAACCCUUCCACUGACUGCAAGUGGAAGAACGUAUCUAGUGUUUUUUGUCCGUCUUUGUAGUUUAAAUUAGUUUAUUUAUGCAGCUCAUGGUUUUCUCCUAUAAAAUUGGCAACCUAGCAAAAAAAAAAUCUUUUUAAACUGAAAAAAAAAGGACCUGCCAAAUUAUAAGAACUCUUCCUUUGUUAAAAGCCCAUCUUCUUUUAAACUAGCAGUUGAAUUUGAAAUAGACUAUGAAGUAGACUGUAAAUUGUAAUCUUUUUUUUUAACUUGAGUUACUGAUUUAGAUAGCAUUUUCAAUACCAAGAUAAAAAUGCACCCACAAACCAAUUCUCUGGGUUACCAAGUCAAGGUGGUAUUGAGCUGUAUUAGUCAGAGUAACUUACUGCCUGGCCUACAAAUAAAUCCCACAGUGUCUAAAUCAGUUCAUCUUGAAAUGGUGCUUUCUUUCUUUCCACACACUAUCGAAUGGCUGGAAUUUAAAGCAAAUCUAAACCAUGUUCUUGCACUGCUAACUUUUUUCUACUUUUGUAAAUAGAAAUAUUUCAGCAUAAAAGUCAUACAUAUGAAGCAAGGGCUGAAUCAUAAUCACAGGCUUUAGUUUUGAUAAACUAAUCCAGUGACCUAAGUAUUGUUUGCAAAAGUUCCUUGAGAAGGUAGUGUUAGGAGUUGUACUAGAUGGUCUUUUCUGUUUCUUUUCCCCCUUUCUUCCCCUUACUCUUCAGGAAAAAGGUAAGUUGACUUGAAUAACCUUCUUCUGCACUGAGAAAAUGAACAAGUGUUUGAAAUGCUUUAAAAUUUUUUAAUUAAAAAAAUUCUGGAAAAUAUUAAAUAUCUGUAACUUAUAAACACCAACUUUUGAUGUAAUAAGUGCACCCAAAUCUUAUGUAUGUUUAACUGGAUUAUAUAGAUUCUUAUCUUUUUGUUAAGAUAUGUAUACUUAAUGGACCAAUAUAAUAUAAAAUAUGUACAUAUUAUAUAAAUAUGUCUCCUUGCUUGCUCAUGUAGGAUGGCUGUCUUAAGAGCCGUUCGUUAUGUUCUGUGGUAUUAGACCCCGGCCCCAGAGCCUGGACGACGUUCUAACCAUCUUUUACCUGCUCACUCAGCUUCACCUGAGCACUCUUCAUAGGAUUUUUUCAUGUUUCAAACUUAUAAGUUACAGUCUGUAAUUAUGAGAAUAAUAGAUUUUAAGAAAUAAAAGGGUAUACUACAUA